AUGGCUACAUUUGCACUCGCGGACGCGGGCAAUGUCUCCAAGUCCGGAGCAAACUGUGACGACAAGACGACCGGCGCGGACCCAACAGACGUGCUUGCAGGCUUUGCACUCGACAACAAGGGCGUUGCUCGCCAGGUGGAGAAGCCAAACGACGGAACCACGGGCAACAGUCGUCCAGCCUGUCUCGAGGUGGGGCUCUGGUGCAAAUCAAUAGGCAAGACCCUCGCUGCUGAUCCGACAAACGACUGCAAAUUUCCAUCGUGUCCGCCAGAAACGGAGCCGCUUGGGGAGGGAUCGAUGUAG